GUUUUUACUUUGACCGAGGCAAUGGAGCUUCUGUCGCUUCUAACACUUUUGGUAUUGGCCAUUGGCAGAGAGGGCUGUCAGCUUCAGAGCUCCGCCAGCGAAACGACCAAGGACUGGUGGCAAACGGCCCAGUUCUAUCAGAUCUACCCGCGCUCCUUCAAGGACUCAGAUGGCGAUGGCAUUGGCGACUUGAACGGCAUCACCAGCAAACUGGAGUACUUGAAAGACCUAGGGGUCACUGCUGCCUGGCUGUCGCCCAUUUUCACCUCGCCCAUGGUGGACUUUGGCUACGAUAUCUCCGACUUCUAUGACAUUCAGCCGGAGUACGGCACCCUUGAUGACUUCAGGGCUCUGAUCAAGCGAGCCAAAGAGCUAGACCUGAAGAUCAUCUUGGACUUUGUUCCCAAUCACUCGAGUGACAAGAACUCCUGGUUUGUGAAGUCGGUGAACCGGGAGAAGGGCUACGAGGACUACUACGUGUGGCAUGACGGAAAGGUGAAUGCCUCCACUGGGGAGAGGGAACCCCCUACCAACUGGCUGCAGUACUUCCGUGGAAGUGCCUGGGAAUGGAAUGAGGUGCGUCAGCAGUACUACCUCCACCAGUUUGCAGUACAGCAGCCCGAUCUUAACUACCGUAAUCCCCUGGUUGUCGACCAGAUGAAGCGAGUGCGGCGCUACUGGCUGAAUGAGGGCGUUUCCGGUUUCCGGUGCGAUGCUCUGCCUCCGCUCUUUGAGGUCUUACCGAAUGCGGAGGGGCAGUUUCCCGACGAAGCUGUGAGCGGGGCCACCGAGGACUCGGAGGAUCGCAACUAUUUGACCACCACGUACAUCGAGAAUCAGCCGGAGACCAUCGACAUGGUUUACCAGUGGCGCACUGUGCUCGACGAUUACAAGCGUAUUUACGGCGGCAACUCGAGCGUUCUGCUCAUCGAAACCUACUCCCCCGCCUGGUUCAGCAUGCAGUUCUACGGAAAUAGGACCACCGAGGGAGCCCACCUGCCCUUCAACUUCAACCUGAUCACGGUGAUGGAGCAGGAGGGUCUGAAUGCCACCAACGUGAAGGAGGCGAUUGAUUUGUGGCUGAAAAACAUGCCAGCAGGUCGCACGGCCAAUUGGGUGUUGGGGAACCACGACAAGCGCAGGGCCGCCAGUCGGUAUGGCAAGGAGCACAUUGAUGCCAUGAACACGCUGGUCAUGAUCCUGCCGGGCGCCAGUGUCACCUACCAGGGCGAGGAGAUCGGCAUGACCGACGGCGAGAUCAGCUGGGAGGACACCGUGGACCCGUGGGCCUGCAACUCGAAUGCCAACAUCUACGAGCAGUACACCCGGGAUCCCGAGAGGACCCCCUUCCAGUGGACAGGUGGCACCAAUGCCGGGUUCACCAAUGGCUCCACCACCUGGUUGCCACUGGCCGAAGGCUACGAGACCAUAAACGUGGAAACGGAAUUGAGUGCCGAUCGUUCUCAUUUGAAGAUCUACAAGGCCUUGGUGGCCCUACGCAAAUCAUCCAAGACUCUGCAGAAUGGCUCCACGAAGUACGAUACAAUAUCGGAGGAUGUCUUUGUAGUUCAAAGAUCUCUGACCAACUCAGCCACAAUUGUUGGGGUCAUCAACUUUGGGUCGGUGGCCAAAACCAUUGACUUGAGUCAGUUUGACAAGAAUCGCACCGAAAGCUUGCAGCUUCUCAUCAGAAGUAUUGACUCCACAAAAGCAGAAGGCACUCGUUACGAUCCGAAAACCUUGAGCCUGGACCCCGCGGAAGCCCUAGUUUUAACCACCGAAUAAAAGUCUUUAUUU